AUGGCGACACUUGAAAUUACAGAAAUAGCCCUGGUUCAUCCUUCUCACCAACCUCUCUUCAACGACCAAACUCUUUCUCUCUCUCAUCUCGAUAACGAUAACAACCUCCACGUCACCUUCCGUUACCUCCGCGUCUACUCCUCCUCCUCCACCUCUUCUGCCACCGUCGCCGGGAAAACCCCAUCUGCCGUCGUCUCCGCCUCACUCGCCACCGCUCUCGUCCACUAUUACCCCCUCGCCGGCUCUCUCCGUCGCUCGGAGUCCGAUAACCGCUUCGAAUUGUACUGCGGCGCCGGUCAAAGCGUCCCUCUAGUUAACGCUUCUGUGAACUGUACGCUAGAAUCCGUCGGGUAUUUGGAUGGACCCGAUCCAGGUUUCGUCGAGGGAUUGGUACCGGAUCCGACCCGGGAGGAAGGAAUGCUCAAUCCCUGUAUCCUCCAGGUCACGACGUUUCAGUGCGGUGGUUGGGUUCUAGGAGCGUCGAUUCACCACGCGAUCUGCGACGGCUUAGGUUCGAGUCUCUUCUUCAACGCCAUGGCUGAAUUAGCUCGCGGAGCCACUCGGAUCUCGAUCGAGCCGGUUUGGGACAGAGAACGUCUGCUCGGUCCAAGAGACAAGCCUUGGGUUGGAGCUCCGGUUCGUGACUUCUUGAGCCUGAACAAGGACUUUGAUCCAUACGGACAAGACAUUCGAGACGUCCAAAGAGACUGCUUCCUCGUGACCGACGAGUCUUUGGACCGAUUCAAGGCUCUGUUAUUCGAGAAAUCUGGUUCGAAUUUCACGACAUUCGAAGCUCUUGGUGCUUACAUUUGGCGCGCAAAGGUAAGAGCUGCAAAGAUUGGUGAAGAAGAGAAUGUGAAGUAUGUGUAUUCGAUAAACAUAAGGAGAUUGAUGAAUCCACCUUUGCCUAAAGGCUACUGGGGAAACGGAUGUGUGCCAAUGUAUGCUCAGCUUAAAGCUGGAGAGCUCAUGGAGCAGCCCAUUUGGAAAACCGCAGAGCUCAUAAAACAGAGCAAAUCCAAUGCGAGUGACGAAUACGUGCGCUCCUUUAUCGACUUCCAAGAGCUGCACCACAAGGAUGGAAUCAAUGCCGGUACAGGAGUGACUGGAUUCACGGACUGGCGAUACUUGGGACAUUCAACGGUUGAUUUCGGAUGGGGAGGACCUGUGACGGUUUUGCCACUUUCAUACAAGUUGCUUGGAAGCAUGGAACCAUGUUUCUUCUUGCCUUAUGCUACUGAUGCUGCAGCUGGAAGCAAGAAGGAGAGUGGGUUUAAGGUUUUGGUGAAUCUACGCGAAUCCGCAAUGCUCGAGUUCAAAGAGGCCAUGGAGAAGUUCCACAAGGGUGAAUCUGUGCUCUCUUGA